GUCGAAUAUUGGAAGAUCUUAUUACAUUUGUAUUGCUACUCCCAUGCUUUGGGGCUCAAGAGGAUUUCUAUCGGCAGCAUAUUUCAUUAGUAGUUUUGGCUGAAUAGUGGCUGAAUGUUGUGUAUAAAGCAAGCCGAAGUAUUGCCGUUCCAGUCUGAAGUUUUUGCUCCUUUUAAGCUUAUUUUAUCUUUAGAUAACCAAGUGGACGGUUUGCUUACUGAUUUGGUUGUUCGAUAUGUUAGAGAUUGUUCUCAACGAGCCGAUUCGAGAGAAGUUUUUGUGAAGAAACGGAUACUUAUGAAUAAAGGUCCUCAGGAAAUUGUGUGUGAAAAUAUUUCGUUGUGUUUCUUGAAGGAAUUCCGUGAUUGGGAAUAUUGUAACGUCGGUUAUUUGGAAGUCAUGCUCUUAUCGGAAGAGGAAAAGAAAGUGCUGAUUUCUUUGAACCUUGUCAUACAAAUAUUUACAGACAGGCAAUAUUCAGGAGCCCUCAAACAAGUAUAUUCCUAUUUUUCUACUUUUGAAGAAGUACAUACUACUGAGCUACUCCGUAGUUGAGCAAUUUCCUUGUCCUUGAAGACCUAUCCACAA